GAAGCAUGUGUAUCAGGGAAUUCCAGGAGACCGGUUUUGUACACGUUGAGUUUGCAGCGUCUGUGGAACCUCAGGAGAGAUUUCAGAAGUCAGACACAUCUGAUCUCCUGAAGGUGUCCUACAGGUGAAAAGCCCAGAAUCCGGGGGAGGGGAGUUCACCCAUACACCUGCAGCCUGGAUUAUUCGGAAGGAGGGCUUAUCUGUGAAACACGCUUGCUUGCCUGCUGCUGCCUCUUCUCAUUGGGCAAUUUCUGCGGCUGCCCCAGCCCUGCCUGAGCAGAAAUGUGGGGUUCUCCUCUCUAUGGGCACAAGCUCUCUGCACCCAUCAAUGAUUGCCUCCUCUCUCAAAGGCCACAAAUAUGGAUGAUUCAAAUACGGAAGACUUUAACUGGGAAAACUACAGCUGGGAAGAUCUCGACAUUAAUUAUACUUACACGACUGACUUGCCCCCUUCCCUAUCAGACUCUGCCCCAUGCCGUCCACAAUCUCUGGAUGUCAACAACUAUGCUGUGAUCAUCAUCUAUGCCCUGGUCUUCCUGCUCAGCCUGCUGGGAAACUCCCUGGUGAUGCUGGUCGUCUUGUACAGUCGGGUCAGCCGCUCGGUCACUGAUGUCUACCUGCUGAACCUGGCCAUCGCCGACCUGCUCUUCGCCCUGACCUUGCCUAUCUGGGCUGCCUCCAAGGCAAAGGGCUGGGUCUUUGGCACAUCCCUGUGCAAGGUGGUCUCGCUCCUAAAGGAAGUCAAUUUCUACAGUGGAAUUCUACUACUGGCCUGCAUCAGUGUGGACCGCUACCUGGCCAUUGUCCACGCCACACGCACACUGACGCAGAAGCGGCACUGGGUCAAGUUCAUAUGCAUAGGCAUCUGGGCCCUAUCGUUGGUCCUGUCCCUGCCCCUCUUCGUGUUUCGCAGGGCCUAUCAACCACCGGAUUCCAGCCUCGUCUGCUACGAGGACAUGGGCGCCAAUACAACAAAAUGGCGCCUGGUGAUGCGGGUCCUGCCGCAGACCUUUGGCUUCGUCCUGCCUCUGCUGAUCAUGCUGUUCUUCUAUGGGCUCACACUGCGCACGCUGUUUCAGGCCCACCUGGGGCAGAAGCACCGGGCCAUGCGGGUCAUCUUUGCUGUCGUGCUCGUCUUCCUGCUCUGCUGGCUGCCCUACAACCUGGUCGUGGUGGCAGACACCCUCAUGAGGUUGGGGGUGAUCCAGGAGACCUGUGACCGCCGAAAGGACAUUGGCCACGCCCUGGAAGCCACCGAGAUUCUGGGCUUCCUCCACAGCUGCCUCAAUCCCCUCAUCUAUGCCUUCAUUGGCCAGAAAUUUCGCCAUGGACUCCUCAAGAUCAUGGCCAUCCAUGGCCUGGUCAGCAAGGAGUUCUUGGCCAAGGAAGCCAGGCCUUCCUUUGUUGGCUCUUCUUCAGGGAACACUUCUACUACCCUCUAAGACCCCUGUGCUUGUUGCAGCCUCUCAGGGAUGCUCCCUUCUCAGCAGCACCCAAGCCUCAUGACACUGGCUGUUCACAGUCUCUGAGCUGUGUCACGGAGGCCCUCCAUCGAGGUGACAGGAAGUUGCUGAGGCCACAUCCUUACCAGGCCCUCGCUGUAUGGUUUAGAAAGCCUGCCCUGGCGCCCCACCCCUGACUGUAAUACCAUGUCAACUGCGAAAGCUCUGUCCAUUCUUCCAGGGAGCCCACAGCAUUCUGUCUUCUGAGACAUUUCAAAGACAGCCUUUUAAGUAACUACAAAUAGCUCCCACCAUUGGGAGCUAUUAGUGGCAAAUACCAUAGUUGCUUCCCCAACUCUCCCCUUGUCUGCUAACAAAAUCUACUUCCCUUGACAGAGGCCGAAAAUGACAGAUAUUCACUUUCUAAGAUUCCCUUAAGCUAGGAGUGGCCAUAUCAUCCAGUUCUGACUAAUAAGAUUUACAGGCAAGAGCGUGCUGGUAAAUACUCUCCUAGGGAAAAAAGUCCUGAUUUGUAGCAUUCAUCAAAUUCCAUGGUAUAAAUAAAUGCUCCCACCAUGGCAAUUUCAAGGGUGUUGGGGUUUAGCAACCAGCUCACAGAAUUCUACAAUAUGUAAUCUACUUUCACAAGCAGUUACAAACUGGCUUAAGAUGAAUCUGCUGGCGCCAGAGGCCUUUGGAAAAUAUUCCUGGUUAGAAAGAGAGAGACACCCACCCACACAUCUUUGAAUCUUGCCUUUGAGGAUGGUUAUAGGAUAAGAUAUGUGGUGCUGAGGCAGCAAUUUUGUGACAAUGAGGAAAAAAGUCUAACACCUUAGGCUGAUGGAGCCAAAGGAUAAAAAGAACCUAAGGAUAAAGAGACAAGAAAUAAACCUAAGCAUAAGUGGUCAAAGGAUUUUCAAGAAGGGUGCCAAGACUAUUCAGUGGGGAAAGGAUAGUCUUUAGAUAGCCACCUGCAGAAGAAUGACAUUGGUCCUUUACCUUACACCAUAAACAAAAAUUAACUCAAAAUGGAUUGAAGACCUGAACAUAAGAAAUAAAACUAUAAAACUCUUAGAGAAAAUCAUAGGGGAAAUGCUUCCCGAUAUUGUGUUUGGCAAUGAUUUCUUGGAUAUGACACCGAAAGCACAGGCAACAAAAGAAAAUAUAGAUAAAUUGGACUUCAUUAAAGUUAAAACUUUUGUGCAUCAAGGGACACUAUCAACAGAGUAAAAGG